AUGGCUUCUCAAAGGGAUGAGCGUGAGACGGAGGUGCCUUCGGGAGAGGAUGAAAAAAAUCCGCCAAAGCGUAUUUGUACAGGUGGAAACAAAGAUGGCGAAAAGGACAUGCAAAAAACAAUUGAGUUAAAGCGCCUGGAAAUGUCGACAAGGAAGAAUCGCGAGUUACUUAAUGACUUCCUUGCCGUGAUGCUGUCAUAUAGGAAAUGGGACUUGGCUAGUCAACCAGAGAAAUCACCUUCAGGUACUGGUAGUGACGGAGCAGAUGAUAAUCAGGACGCUCAUCAUGGUAAAGAUCAGUCGCGUAAGCGGCGGGAAAUGAUGGCGAUGCUAAUGCAACCGUUACUUAAAGACCUAAAUGCAGCUGCCCUGACAGAUAAGAACUCGGACUUGGCUAGUCCACCAGAGAAAUCACCUUCAGGUACUGGUAGUGACGGAGCAGAUGAUAAUCGAUCCGCCAAUGACUCCAAGGAUGAAUGCCCUUUCUCAUGA